GGGUUAUUUCGCGCCUGUUCUGCGCCGACCAUGAGGCUGCUGGGAGCCGCCGCGGCCGCGGCUCUGGGGCGCGGGCUCCCUCGGGGCCCUGCCGUCCUGGGCCGGCAGGGGAGGCAGGUUAAUUGGAAGGUCUGCCGAUGGUGUUCAGCAGGGGUGAUUCCUAAUGAAAAAAUACGAAAUAUUGGAAUCUCAGCUCACAUUGAUUCUGGGAAAACCACAUUAACAGAACGAGUGCUUUACUACACAGGGAGGAUUGCAAAGAUGCAUGAGGUGAAAGGUAAAGAUGGAGUUGGUGCUGUCAUGGAUUCCAUGGAGCUCGAGAGACAAAGAGGAAUCACUAUUCAGUCAGCGGCCACCUAUACCAUGUGGAAAGACGUCAAUAUUAACAUUAUAGAUACUCCUGGGCAUGUGGACUUCACAAUAGAAGUUGAAAGGGCCCUGAGAGUGUUGGAUGGUGCCAUCCUUGUUCUCUGUGCUGUCGGAGGGGUGCAGUGCCAGACCAUGACUGUUAAUCGUCAGAUGAAGCGCUACAAUGUUCCAUUUCUAACUUUCAUUAACAAACUGGACCGCACGGGCUCCAACCCAGCCAGGGCCCUACAGCAAAUGAGGUCUAAACUAAGUCAUAAUGCAGCAUUUGUGCAGAUACCCAUUGGUUUGGAGGGUGAUUUUAAAGGUAUUAUAGAUCUUAUUGAGGAACGAGCCAUCUAUUUUGAUGGAGACUUUGGUCAAGUUGUUCGGUAUGGAGACAUCCCAGCAGAGUUCCGCACAGCAGCCGCUGACCACCGGCGGGAGCUGAUCGAAUGUGUUGCUAAUUCAGAUGAGCAGCUUGGUGAGAUGUUCCUGGAAGAAAAAAUCCCCUCAAUUUCUGAUAUAAAGCUUGCAAUCCGAAGAGCUACUCUAAAUAGGUCAUUUACUCCUGUCUUUUUGGGAAGUGCUUUGAAGAACAAAGGCGUCCAGCCUCUUUUAGAUGCUGUUUUAGACUAUCUACCAAAUCCAUCUGAAGUCCACAAUUAUGCUAUUCUCAAUCAGGAGGAUGACUCAGAAGAAAAAACCAAAAUCUUAAUGAACUCCAAAAGAGACAAUUCCCACCCAUUUGUAGGCCUGGCUUUUAAACUGGAGGCAGGUCGAUUUGGACAGUUAACUUACGUUCGCAAUUAUCAAGGAGAGUUGAAGAAGGGUGACACCAUCUAUAACACCAGGACAAGGAAGAAAGUGCGAGUGCAGCGGCUCGUUCGCAUGCAUGCUGACAUGAUGGAGGAUGUUGAGGAAGUGUUUGCUGGAGACAUCUGUGCAUUAUUUGGCAUUGACUGUGCUAGUGGAGACACAUUCACAAACAAAGACAAUAGUGAUCUUUCUAUGGAGUCAAUUCAUGUUCCUGAUCCUGUCAUUUCAAUAGCAAUGAAGCCUUCUAACAAGAAUGAUCUGGAAAAAUUUUCAAAAGGUAUUGGCAGGUUUACAAGAGAAGAUCCCACAUUUAAAGUCCACUUUGACACGGAAAGCAAAGAGACAAUUGUAUCUGGAAUGGGAGAAUUACACCUGGAAAUCUAUGCUCAGAGGAUGGAAAGAGAAUAUGGGUGUCCUUGUAUCACAGGAAAACCAAAAGUUGCUUUCAGGGAGACCAUUACUGCCCCUGUCCCGUUUGAGUUUACACAUAAAAAACAGUCAGGUGGUGCGGGCCAGUUUGGAAGAGUGAUGGGUGUUCUGGAGCCCCUGGACCCAGAGAACUACACUAAGUUGGAGUUUUCAGAUGAAACAUUCGGGGCAAAUAUUCCAAAGCAAUUUGUGCCUGCUGUAGAAAAGGGGUUUUUGGAUGCCUGCGAGAAGGGCCCUCUUUCUGGUCACAAGCUCUCUGGGCUCCGGUUUGUCCUGCAAGAUGGAGCGCAUCACAUGGUUGAUUCCAAUGAAAUCUCUUUCAUCCGCGCAGGGGAAGGUGCUCUUAAACAAGCUUUGGCAAAUGCAACAUUAUGUAUUCUUGAACCUAUUAUGUCUGUGGAAGUUGUAGCCCCACAUGAAUUUCAGGGACCAGUGAUUGCGGGCAUUAACCGGCGCCAUGGGGUAAUCACAGGACAAGAUGGAAUUGAGGACUAUUUUACAUUGUAUGCAGACGUCCCUCUUAAUGAUAUGUUUGGUUACUCCACUGAGCUUCGGUCAUGCACAGAGGGAAAGGGAGAAUACACGAUGGAGUACUGCAGAUAUCAGCCGUGUUCACCGUCCACACAGGAAGACCUCAUUAAUAAGUAUUUGGAAGCUACAGGUCAACUUCCUGUGAAAAAAGGAAAAGCCAAGAACUAACCUCACUUUAAGUUGACUAACUGAAUCUGCAAGGUUUAAAUACUUUAAUCAAUUCAAGCUGAAAUAAGAAAUUUUAGAAGCCCUUCCUGUUUUGUUCAGGAGCUUCUAUUAUAUUCAAAGAUAAUUCUAUGUAUAUCUCAACUCUGUUGAUUGGUUUUAUAGUUCAUUGAAAAACCUCAAAUAAGACAUGAUUAUUACUGAAAUAUAUUUAAUAUUUAUCUAAGGGGGAAGAGACUAAUUUCACUUAUACUUCUGAGCUUAGAAUGUGUGUAAACUUCCUUUCCGUAAUUUUUAUCAUAAGAAUUUUCAGCAUAUUUCAGCAUAUUUCAGAAGAGCUGAAAAAACAGUGUAAAGAACAGCCAUGUGUCUUCCAUCUAGACUCAACAAUGAACAAUCUUGUUAACAAUUUGUCGGAUAAUAAUUUGUUUUGUCAUAUUUGCUUUACCUGUUUGUUGUCCACCUAUCUCUCAUACCUCUCUAUUUAAAAAUUUUUUUAAAUUAUUGUUUUGCUGAACACUUGAAAGUGAAUUACAUAAAUUCAUGUAUUUAUGUAAUCAUGACAUUUUACAUUGUCAUGACAUUUCUUGGAGUGUCAUCUUUUAAUAAGCAGGCUUUUUUGUUUGAGUGGAUUCCAUAUGUUCCUAAUAGAGGAUGUUUUUGAGAUUCUUCAUUGGAGUAUUUAAAUGCCUGCUAAAUUUCUAGCUGUUUUAUGUAUAACUGAUUGCUUCAGUUUGAGGCUUCUGCAAAUUUAUAACUGCCUGUUUUUAGGAGUAUAAAUGUUACUUUCUUGUGGACCUGUGAAAUGAAAAACAGACCCUUGCAUAUGGUGUUCUUGUCUAUGUUCUUCCUAAUGUUUCUGCAGCUCUAAAAAAUAAGAUAUAAUUUACAGAGUUGCUGACUAGUCAGUUUCAUUCACCUAGUAAAUGCUAGUUGAAUUUGAGUCUGUUGGAAUUUAUCAUAUAUUGUAGUCAUUGAGAUUGUGGAAAAAACAAAUGUUAAGCUUUUCUUUCUAGAAUAAGGUGGACUUUCCCAAGCGGUUUUUAUUAUAUUGUUCAGAAUUGCUUCAUCCAAAAAUCAUCUGAUGUGGUAUAGACACAUGCUAGUCCUUUCUCUUGUGGAUAAUAGAAAUAAAAUAACUUUUAAAUUCC